AUAAUAUACCGUUUUCAUUAUAUACAAUGUAUAGAAUAAAAACAGUUUUCUUCGUAUUAAUAAUAAAACUAAUCUAUCUGUCAGAUUUAUUGACGUAUCACAUAUGAAACAUGACGGAAAUUAAUAAUCCAAUAAUCGUGACGUGUUGUAGACCUUUGCUUUAAAAAGGCAUUUUCUCUUCGAACAGUCCUCGUAGUUUCCAAUUAAACGCGCCGAAAGAAUGUUAUAUUUUAAAAUGCAACAAUGUUAUUAUACAUAAUCUUCUUUGUUAGUGUACUGGACUUGAAAACUUUCUCUCUCUAGGACGAAUGAGUGGAAAUAAUUUAUUAUAACUUUUAUUUUCGCUACGGAAGUCCGAGCAGUAGUUCGUUUGAACCCGUUGGUUUUAAUUAGUGCCUUGACAAAAGUGAAAUACGUGAAUAUAUGUUAUAAUAGUGUUGUGAUUGUGUGACUUGAUCCAUAUUUUCUUAGUGGGAUAACCACCAUCGAUUAGAAUGACAGUUUCAUUAGUCAAGAAAAAUCACAACAAUGUCUCGAGAAAUAUCUAGAAGAUUGAUCUCGAAAGGGUUUCAAUGUAAGCGAAAUUAUUCUGCAGAUAGACCGUAUUCAACAACUCUGGGAGUUGUAAACGGUGUAGUGCAAGAUAAAGACGAAUAUGAAUACAAAAUAGAAGAUACAAUACCCAAGGAAUAUAAAGAAAUACCUGGUCCUAGAGAGCUUCCUUUUAUUGGUAAUUCUUGGAGGUUUGCUCCAAUCAUAGGACACUAUAAAAUUCAUGAAUUAGACAAAGUUAUGUGGUCUUUAAACAAACAAUACGGAAAAAUAGCGAAAGUAAGCGGUUUAAUCGGCCAUCCAGAUCUUCUAUUUAUAUUUGACGCCGACGAGAUCAAAAACGUAUUUAAAAAAGAAGAAGCUAUGCCACACAGACCUUCGAUGCCUUCAUUACAUUAUUAUAAACAGAAAUUACAAAAAGAUUUUUUUGAUGGAAACGAAGGAGUUAUCGGAGUACACGGGCCUAAAUGGGAAGCUUUUCGUAAACAAGUGCAACAAUUUUUAUUGCCUCCGGUUACAGCGAAAAAAUAUAUCGAACCUCUCGACGUAAUAUCCACAGAUUUUAUAAACAGAAUGGAAGAUAUGUUGGAUACCAAUAGAGAAUUGCCCGAACAUUUUCUUUCCGAAAUAUAUAAAUGGGCACUAGAAUCGGUAGCUAGGGUAUCGUUAAAUAGAAGACUGGGUUGUUUAGAACCAAACUUGCCGCACGAUUCAGAAUCGCAAAAAAUAAUCAACUCUAUUAAUACGUUUUUCUGGAACGUGGCAGAGGUCGAAUUGAAAUUUCCGGUUUGGAGAUUUUACAAAAACAACGCGUUCAAAAAAUACAUUGGGGCAUUAGAAGAUUUUAGAACGUUAUGUUUGAAAUACAUCACGCAAUCAAUCGACGAAAUAAGAAAUAAAUCCUACGAAAAUGUAGACGAACAAGAUAUUUCUAUUUUGGAACAAAUUCUUCUGAAAACGGGUAACGCAAAAUUGGCGGCAGUUUUGGCGCUCGAUCUUUUUCUUGUAGGAGUCGAUACAACGUCCAUAGCUCUUGCGUCGACUAUUUACCAGCUAUCGCAGAAUCCUGAUAAACAAGAAAAAUUAUUCAAGGAACUUCGAAAUACCCUUCCAAGUGAAGAUUCAAAAGUGGAUAUUCCAGCACAAGAGAAUAUGCCUUAUCUGAAGGCUUGUAUCAAAGAAACUUUAAGAAUGUAUCCUGUGAUAAUUGCAAACGGUAGAAGUCUUCAAUCAGACACUGUAUUAGCAGGAUAUAAAGUACCUAAAGGGACACACGUUAUAUUCCCACAUCUAGUUGUAAGUAAUAUAGAAGAAUAUAUUCCGCAACCAGAGAAAUUCAUCCCUGAGAGAUGGUUGAAAUCUGGUCAUCCAGAUUGUCCCAUGAACCAAGAAAAAAUACAUCCUUUCAUUACCCUCCCAUUUGGGUAUGGAAGAAGGUCUUGUUUAGGUCGGAGAUUUGCAGAAGUUGAAUUAAAUAUUCUUUUAGCUAAAAUAUUCAGAAGAUACAAGGUUGAAUAUAAUUAUGGACCUUUAACAUAUAGAAUAAGUCCAACGUACGUUCCGGAACAACCACUGAGAUUUAAACUAACGAAAAGAGAACCUAAGUCGUAUUUAUAGUUUCAAAAGUUCAAAUAAUCUAUAUUUAAUUAUAAACGGUGUACUUUAUAUAGCCACUGUUUUUUUUUCAAGUUUUGUUCAUUAUGUAUUUGUAGUUUCCAUAUUUUAAUAAAGGAUUUUUUUAA